AAGACUGUCGUCAAUAUGAUCGGGGGUCUGUUCGUGUACAAUCACAAGGGGGAGGUGUUGAUAUCGAGGGUGUAUAGGGAUGACAUAGGGCGGAACGCUGUGGACGCUUUCAGGGUGAAUGUGAUCCACGCCCGGCAGCAGGUCCGCUCGCCGGUAACAAACAUCGCGCGCACCUCCUUCUUUCACAUUAAGAGAGCCAACAUCUGGCUGGCAGCAGUAACCAAGCAAAAUGUAAAUGCAGCUAUGGUUUUCGAAUUCCUGCUAAAGAUUAUAGAUGUAAUGCAGUCUUACUUCGGUAAGAUCUCUGAAGAGAACAUCAAGAAUAACUUUGUACUCAUCUAUGAACUUCUUGAUGAGAUUCUUGACUUUGGAUAUCCUCAGAACUCAGACACGGGUGUUCUUAAGACGUUUAUUACUCAGCAAGGUAUCAAAUCUGCCUCUAAAGAAGAACAAGCUCAAAUCACAUCACAGGUAACAGGACAAAUAGGAUGGCGUCGGGAGGGCAUAAAGUACAGACGUAAUGAACUUUUCCUUGAUGUCCUCGAAUAUGUCAACUUGUUGAUGUCUCCUCAAGGUCAGGUUCUGUCGGCUCACGUUGCUGGCAAAGUGGUGAUGAAGUCGUACUUGUCCGGUAUGCCGGAAUGCAAGUUUGGUAUCAACGAUAAGAUUGUUAUGGAGGCUAAAGGAAAGGGAAAUGGCGGCAUCUCCGGCAACACGGACAGCGAGGGCGCGCGCGCCGGCAAGCCCGUGGUGGUGAUCGACGACUGCCAGUUCCACCAGUGCGUCAAGCUCAGCAAGUUCGAGACCGAGCACUCCAUCUCCUUCAUCCCGCCCGACGGCGAGUUCGAGCUCAUGAGAUACCGUACAACCAAGGACAUAUCCCUACCAUUCCGAGUGAUCCCCCUUGUGAGGGAGGUGGGACGCACUAAGAUGGAGGUGAAAGUUGUUUUGAAGUCGAAUUUCAAGCCGUCCCUCCUCGGUCAGAAGAUUGAAGUCAAGAUACCCACGCCGUUGAACACUAGCGGCGUUCAGCUGAUCUGUUUGAAGGGGAAAGCUAAAUAUAAGGCCUCCGAGAACGCUAUUGUUUGGAAGAUCAAACGUAUGGCGGGUAUGAAGGAAACCCAGCUGUCUGCUGAAAUUGAGCUACUGGAGACGGAUACUAAGAAGAAGUGGACUCGCCCGCCCAUCUCCAUGGGCUUUGAGGUGCCCUUCGCGCCCUCAGGCUUUAAGGUCCGUUAUCUGAAGGUGUUCGAGCCCAAGCUGAACUACUCGGACCACGACGUCAUCAAAUGGGUGCGAUACAUCGGUCGCUCCGGCUUGUACGAAACGCGCUGCUAGACUUGCAUUACUUGUUUCAUCAAGCAGUUUUUGAAUAUUGUAGAUCAAUAUAAAAUGGCGUGUUACAUAAUAUGUUAAUUUGUAUAUAAUUCGUAUCAAAUGUUUAAUUUUUUUCUCAAUAUUAUGAAUAAAUGCAGUUUAUUUUUUACACAUUCUGUAUGUUUUGCGGGGCCAUAGACAUGUAGUUGCAUUUUACUAUUUAUAUAUAAGAAUCUCAAAUUCUAUUCAAAAUUUUUGGUCUGCGUGACGUACAUAGUAUGUUAAUAUAUGUAUGAUUUGUUCGCAAGUAUGUACAUUAAAAUUUUAUUUUU